ACUAGGAAUUGCAAAUGCGUUUAUGAAUUUGAAUAGCGUAAAGAUAUGCGGCUUAUUUAACUUCUGUUCUAACAAAGUAAUAUUUCGAAAAUUACCUGGUGCUGUAACUUUUGCAAAAAACAGCAUGACACAGCAAAACAGCAAAACAAUGAGUCAGCAAGAAGUUGGGUUUAUUUUAUGUGGGGCCAUAAACCCUAUAACCAAUAUGCAUUUGAAGAUGUUCGAUUUAGCGCGAGAUUAUUUUCAUAAAAACACAAAUUUUAAAGUCAAGUUUGGCGGAAUUUCCCCAACUGCUGAUUCUUAUGGAAAACCUGAACUUGUGAAUGCAAAACAUCGGCAGAAUAUGAUCAAGUUAGCUUUACAGGAAAACUCCUGGGUGUCUUUGCUUGACUGGGAAUCUAAUUUAAACAAAUGGACGCCUACGGAAAAAGUUUUAACCCAUUAUAAACAGAAUGAACCUAAAUGUAAAGAACUGAAGCUAUUUCUAUUAUGUGGUGCGGAUUUAAUGCAGUCUUUCGUCACCCCUGGUUUGUGGAAAGAGAGCGACAUUCGUAAGAUUGUCAACAACUUUGGAUUAGUUGUAAUUACAAGAGCAAGUUACGAUCCACGUGAGUUUAUAAAGAGCUCACCUCUCAUGCAAGAACUAAGCCCUAAGAUCCACAUUGUGGAAGAAUGCAUAGAAAAUAAAUUAAGUUCAACUAAGAUAAGGAAAGCUGUUUUAGAAGGAAGAAGCAUCAAGUACUUAACACCUGAUGUGGUAAUUGAAUAUAUCAACGAACAUGGAUUGUAUCAGAAAAUUGAACAAAGUUCGUUUAAUGUUUUGGCUCCUUUUAGAAACAAUAAAGAAUAAUAAAAUGUUCAAGCUGUUUUUGGUUAUGUCUUAUGACCUGGGGAUUUAGGCCAGAGUGGGCUGAGUCGUCCUUAUUUCUUUAUUAAAACUUAUUCUAUUCCAUAUGUAAGUGAGGUUCUAUAGCAUGGCACGCUGGUGACCUACAAUUUAUACCAGAGGCCGAUUGCUUUCUGCCAAAAAACGAUGAAUAAAAUGGCCAAAGGGCACAUAAUUACAAUCAAGCAAACUUAACCUUUUCACAUUCUUUUACGAAAAAAUGCACAUCCUAUUGUGUGUUACUGCUAUCAUAAAAACACUUUAAAUUUUUUGUUUAUUUGUUUUAUAUUCUUUACCUAUUAAACAUUAUAUAUAUUCGAUAUUAUGUGCUUUUAUUUAUUAUUGUAUAAAUAUUCAUACAAGCUGAAAGUUCAAUAAGUAGCGAUUACAAAGUUUCUAUUAUUCUGUUAUUGUACUUUCUGCAUAUUCAGCUAUCCAUACAAUACUGACAUUUGCAGAAAAUCAAUUUAACAGUUUGAUAACAGCUUUAAAAACUUGUAUUACCGUUGUAGUGUUAUGAUAAUAUAUUACUCAUAUAGUAAUAUUAAUACCUGUUUAAAAUAUGCAGGAAAAUGAAUUUCAAAAUAUUUAAAAAUAUUUCUAAUACUGCUUUAGUGCUAUUCAAUUGUACCAUACCUACUGCUAUAGCUCCAUUGUAGUAAAUAUACUGAUAUUAAUAUCUUUGCUUACAUUGU